UGCUUCCAGUUCUCGAGGUUAUACUUUAUUCAGAUAUUUAUUUGUACAUGUGAUGAUUUAUAGAGAUUUUCCAAAACAGCCGAUUUUUUAUAGAUAUUUUAUUUGUAGAGAUUUUCAUUUUUAUAUAUUUUUUUUAAGUAGAUGUUUAGAUAUGCAAAUGUUUCUUUGUAGGAAUUUUUUUUUUUAUUGUAAUUUUUUUUUAGUGAUUUAUAAAUCUAGAGAUUUUUUUUAUAGGGACUUUUUUUUAUUCACUUAUUUUACAAUUCAUAUUUAUAAUUUUACAUUUAAUUAAUAUAGAUAUAUUUUUAAAUAUUGUAUUUUUUUUUUACAAUUUUUUUUUUUUAUAGAUAAUAUUUGUAUAAAAAAGUGAUACAUAUUUUCCUUUAGAGAAGUUUUUUUUUUCCCGAUGUUAUGCUACCGCGCAAGAAUUAAUGACCGAUAUUGUACUUUCAUAUGAAAUAUAUAAAAAAUGAUGUAUUUUUAAAUGUUUGAAUAAUAUUUUUAAAUUACAGAUUGUUGACUAACAAUUUAAAAAAAAAUGAAGAGAUCUUAUUCGUCAAUGAAAGAACAUAAGGUUAUUUUCGAAUGGAAAAUAGAUCAAUUUAAUUCAUUCAUCGAUUCAUCGCUCACGUGUACAGAUGACGUAAAAGUUGAAUCUGUUAAAUUUUCAACAGGUGCUAAAAUAAAUGAUUCCUGGUACUUGAGACUAAAAUUUAAAGAUAAUGACGUAACACAAGUCAAAGAAUGGCUGUCAGCAUUUUUGUGUUUAAAACACAGCGAUACUGAAUCAGUAAGAGCAACAUAUUCUAUAUAUAUUUUGGAUAAGAAUAACGAAAAAAAAGUAAGUGUUAAAAAAUCAACUCGAGUAUUCAAACUUCAUGAGAGUUGGGGUUCAAAUAAAUUUCUGGAAAUAAAAAAGGUGCUGGAAAAUAAAGAUAAUUUACUACCAAAUGAUAUGAUAACAUUAUGUGUGGAUCUCGUUGUACUUGAAGACUAUACAUCAACUACAACGGAAGUUCCAUUAAAAAUUUUGAAGCCUAAAAUAACUGAUGAUUUUGAGAAGUUCUUUGAUAAAAAAAUUAAUGUCGAUGUGAUUUUAAUUGUUGGCGACGUAAAGUUUCAUGCGCAUAAGACAAUUUUAUCAGCACGAAGUCCAGUACUUGCUUCGGUUCUCCACAGAAUGCAAGAAAGUAACAAUAACAUAUUGAUGAUAAGUGAUGUAGCUCCUGAAAUAUUCCGAGAUAUGUUGAGAUUUAUUUACACUGAUAAAGUUGAUGAUUUGGACAGCAAAGCUGUAUCUCUAUUACAAGUUGCUGAUAGAUUUAAAUUGCAAACACUGAAGAUAUCAUGUGAGGAAUCGCUUCGCGAAUCAUUGACCAAUGAAAAUGCAAUUAAAUUAUUAAUGUUAGCAGAUCAAUGUCAUGCAAAUCUACUGAUGGAGUACGUUGUCAAUUACAUCGUAAUAAAUAUCGAUAGUGUGAUGAAAACUGGAGAUUACAAAACAUUAGAAAAUUCUAAACCGAUCUUAUUAUCGCUUUUGCUUAAAAAAUUUUCCGAAUUAAUUAAAAAUAGAGGCUAAAACAUCUGAUGUUCUAAAUCUCAACUGUACUCAAGUCUAGGAUGCAUGCAUCUUAAAGAAUAUAUUUGUCUGGUACAUCAUCAUUCAACGAAAUAAAAUUUUGAGAGAAUUCCCAGAAGAUACUCCUCACUUUUUAAAAAUUUUCAAUGAUAAUCUGUCAUAAAAAUAUUAGAGAAAUUAUCAAUUAAUUAAAAAAAAAUUAAAGUAUUGAUUGAAAAAACGACGAUUUUUC